UUGUUUUCUCCUCUGCUCAUGAACUAGGCCUUAUCUAGGUUGAGAUGCGCAUAUGAGCUAGCUGUUAUGCACGAGAAAGCUGAGCUACCAUUUGGCUUGUGAGAAAUGAGAACUACGAAAAAGAUACUAGCACUUCAAAUUCAAUCCUAACCCUAUACUUGUUUCUAUCUUUUUAUCAUAACUCUUCAUUUCCCUUUUUCUAUCCCACUCAUCUUUUCCCAUUUGCCAAACAGCACUGAGGAUUCAGCAGCCAUGGGAAAGCAAGUUCAAGAAUCUAAACCGUCCUGCUGCGCUCCUCUCCCUGGCGGCCGACCUCCGACCUCCGCCGCCUCGUCGCUCCCACCCGCUCUCCUCUCAUGCCUUUUCCCCUGCCAAUUUUGAAGUGAUUUUCCCUACCACAAGUUUGUACCCAAGAACCAUUGGGAAACCCCUCUUCUCUUCUCCCCUGCUGUUAUUGCAACAAUCACCGGCGUUCCGGGCCGCCGCUGCCAGCCAAGAACCAGGAUUUUCCAUCCCAAGAACCUCCGCUUGGACUCUUUUCACUAGUUCCACCGAUUCUUCCCUAAAUCCGAGGAAUUCAAGAACCACGGCCAUGUCCGUCGACGCCAGUGACGAGGUUUUGCCUCAUUCUGACACAAUCCCGGCGGUGGCGGGUGCGCCGGCGGUGGGGAUGGUGUUCUCGUCCCCGGAGUCGGCCCGGGAGUUCUACUGCGCGUACGCGGCGCGGGCAGGAUUCCGGGUGCGGAGCAGCAAGUCCUUCACCUCCCGCCUCGACGACGCCGUCAUCAUGCGCCGCUUCGUCUGCACUCGCCAGGGCCUCCCAUCCCGCAAGGACACGCUCGACCCCUCCAAGAAGCGCCGCAACCGCUCCUCCGCCCGCGCCGGGUGCCCCGCCAUGAUCCAGGUCAACCGCCGCCCUGGCCCCGCCGCCGCCACGCACUGGGUCGUCUCCCGCAGCGUCUUUUACCACUCCCACCCACUCGGCGACGACAACUCCGAUGCUGGCGGUAAAGAGAGUACAGACACGCCAAACAAGCGUCCCAACAAGUCAUCAAAGCCGUCGGCCGGCAAGAGUGGCAAUGGCAACGCCGAGCUCUCCCAACGCGCAAACCUUGGACCCGGUGGCAGUGUCGUGCAGAGCCUGCUCGAGCAUUUCAAGAAGAUGCAGGCCGAGAAUCCCGCGUUCUGCUAUGCCGUCCAGCUUGAUCGGAGCAGCUGUGUUGUCAAUUUCAUGUGGGUGGAUGCGCGUGCAAGGUUGUUGUAUAGGUGGUUUGGGGACGCUGUGGUGCUUGACUUCACCUGCAAGAGGAACCGCUGUGGUGUGCCAUUUGUGGCGUUAACUGGAUUGAACCAUCACAGGCAGGUUAUUGUGUUUGGGUGUGCUCUCAUGACCGAUGAGAAUGAGGAUUCAUUCAUGUGGUUGUUUGAGACUUGGCUCGCUUUCAUGGGUGGGAAGAAGCCGGUGUCGUUCACAAUUGGUUAUAAUAUGGCUGUUGAGAUGGCUGCCAUGAAGGUCUUUCGUGAAUUGAGACACCGGUUCUGCUGUUGGGAUAUCUUCUCCAACUGCAAGGAGCGGUUGGCCAGUGUCUAUGCAGCACAUCCAUCAUUCAAACAAGAGCUGAAGGAUUGUGUAAAUGAAUUGGAGAGAAUUGAUGAGUUUGAGUCAACUUGGAGGCUGUUGCUCAACAAGUAUAAUCUGGCAGGGAAUGAGUGGUUGCAAACAAUAUAUGGCAUCCGUCAUCAGUGGGUGCCUGUCUACCUUAAGGACAGCUUCUUCGGUGAGCUGCUCGAUGCACCAAAGUCGGAGACAAUGUUGAAGUUCUUUCGGAGGAAUUCCAUCACAACGACUAGCCUACUGGAUCUAGUAAUGCAGUUUGAUAAGGCCAUACUAGGCCAUUAUCAGAAUGAACUUCAGGAAGACUUUGCAACUUUCCAUUGCAAGAUGGUGAUGAAGACACCAUAUCCAAUGGAGAAACAAGCAUCUGAGCUGUACACCAAAGUGAUAUUUGACUUGUUUCAGGAUGAGCUUGUUGGAUCGUCAGACUUUUUAGUGCAGACAGUUGAAACUGGGCACAUUAGCAAAUUUGAGGUAACUAAAUCUGGUAUUGCCAAUAGAAGAUACACUGUUGUCUAUAAUGAGCCAGGGAACAGCAUAACUUGCGGUUGUCACAAAUUUGAAUAUUCUGGUAUUCUAUGCCGACAUGCAUUAAGGGUUUUAAUAGUUAUUGCUGUGUUAGUGCUUCCUGACAAAUAUAUAUUGAAACGAUGGACAAGAAAUGCCAAGAGUGACAUAUUAUCUUCUGUCCCUGAAAACACCAAAGGGCCUAUGGCGUGGCGGUGUAAUGAUCUGUGCCGUGAUGCUAUCAGGUUUGCCGAGGAAGGUUCAACAUCUGCAGAGAUAUACAAAGUUGCCAAAGAGGCUUUGCAGAAGGCUUUUGCAGAAUUUUUGCCUCAAAGGAAGUUCCAUUCGAAAUAAACAGGUGAUACAGUACCUGUUGGAGACGGAUAUGGGAGGCCAGAAUCGGCAAAAGGAUAGCACAGUAACAAGCACAGUGAUACAGAGAGGGAAUACCGAUUCUGUUAGUAGUCCUAUUAUCUUUCAUUGCUAUCAAGGAGGAACAAAGUAGAUCUGUCCUGGGCCCCUCUCGCAUAGGUCCUGCGUCUAUGGAUCUGAUUAUCAAAUGAAACCAGGAGCUGCUCUAGCUUCGUUGGCACACUGCACAAUCGUAAAAUUGUUUGAUC